CUCAACAUGGCCCACGAGGACUCCUCCGUAGCCGUUUCGGAUCACUUUCUUGUGUAACUGUUCUAAGCUCUGGUAAUUGUUUGGGCGAAGCACCCUGUGCUGCACUACAGAAUCCUCACUCGAGGCCCCGCAGUGAUGGCGAGACUCGCGGGCGACAAUCUCCCGGCCGUCAUCGAGCAGCGACCAAGGCCAGCAUUAGCGUGGGCGGCUGCAUCCAGCGCGGCGCCCGCACCGAGGCAGCUCUGGACUCCCAGGAUGGCCCGGGGGCGCCCGCACGGAGGGGAUCGCUGCGGGGUUGUCCUCGGCCCCGACAGGAUCCGCAGGCCUUCUGGCCUCCACCUUCCGGAGAUUUCGGUUUCUCCGACCCUCACAGACCUUCCCUAUAUGAGGAGGCCCGAAUCUCUCCUGGGCAUCUGCAGGUCGCGCCGGCUCGUGGUCGGAGUCUUCACGGCGCCGGAGUUGUUGUCGGGAGUGGAGCUGACCAGCAGCGGGGCAGUGGGCAACCAGACGAGCGACCCCGAGUCCACAUCCGUCCUCUCCGUGGAGCCCCCGAUGCCUUCCGAGGCCUGCGACGGGCUCCGUCGGACCAGCGCGAUGGCCGGCCAGGACGAGCGGCCCCCUGCCGAUAAUCUUGGCGCAGCCGUCACGACGGCGGGCCGUGCCGUCCAGAGCCCCGCCGCCAGGUGCCCCGAACUCGCUGGCCGUGGUCUGCGGGCCCCAGCCAGGCCGGCGGCGAGCCCGGCAGGCCCACGCGCGCCCUUUGGAGAAGCGGCGCCGGCCCCCGUCCCGCCCCCGCCUCGCCGGGAGGGCGCCGUCGGCGAGGGGGGCAGGCGCCCGCGCUCUGCGGGCAGCUAG